CCAUGUCCCUUGCUUUACCCUCUAUUCCUUUUACAAUGUACACUUUCUAAGGAAACUUCAUAGCUUACGACUCCGAUUAUUUCAAAGAAAAUUUGCGAGGGGAGGGAAAAGCUUCAAAUUGAUGGCAAUGUCGCGGGCACCGGAAUUCGAAUGAUCGGAGAAUGGUACGUGUAAGAACAGAUCCAGGUGUUCGUCGUAAACAUGGACGGCUCCUCGGUGUGUGAUGAGAAUUCCGAAUCAGAUUUUCACCCCUCACCUGAAGAUGAAUUGGAGAGUAGGAACACAGACACAGGAUGCUCGAGUCCCACUCUCGAUUCGCUCGAGUUAAGUCGUACAAUCUCCGAUGUCUCCUCCUUCUCCGAGCACAGUUAUGAUUCACAUCAUAGGGGCUGGCCCAAGUCUAAGCUUGUCGGUCGGCCUUCGCCGGUCCUGAACACUCUCAGCAUGAAACAGCGCGGCGAUAUACUGGACAGAAAACCUGCUAGUGAUGUUUUGGAGCUCAUUAAGGAGAAAUUCUCAAAGCUUUUGUUGGGAGAGGACAUGUCAGGGAGUGGGAAAGGGGUUUGCACUGCUGUUGCAAUCUCAAAUGCCAUUACUAAUCUCUAUGCAACUGUUUUUGGGAGUUGCCAUAAACUGGAACCCCUCUCACCUGAGAAGAAAUCCAUGUGGAGGAGAGAGAUGGAUUGCCUUCUGUCAGUUUGUGACUACAUUGUUGAAUUCUUGCCUUCUUCACAAUCAUUGCCAGAUGGGUCUACAGCAGAGGUGAUGGCUACUAGACCAAGAAUAGAUAUUUAUGUCAACCUCCCUGCGCUCGAAAAGCUCGACGCUAUGCUUAUCGGCAUAUUAGACAGCUUUCAGAAAACAGAAUUCUGGUACUUGGACGAAAAGAAGCAAUCAUUUAAUGAUCUCUCCAAGUCACCGCAAAGGUCGAUCCCCCGCAGCGAGGAGAAGUGGUGGGUCCCCGUCCCGUGUCUCCCCGACUCCGGCCUCCCCGAGAGAGCACGAAAAGAUCUGCAGCAGAAACGGGACUGCGCAAAUCAGAUUCACAAAGCAGCUAUGGCUAUAAACAGUUGCAUCCUUUCAGAAAUGGAGGUCCCGGAAUCAUACAUUGCAACGCUUCCAAAGAGCGGACGAGCAAGCGUCGGCGACUCGAUCUACAAAUACAUGUCGACACCAGACCAGUUCUCACCGGACUAUCUUCUUGGCUGCCUCGAUCUAUCAUCGGAGCACGAAGCACUUGAGAUAGCGGAUCGCGUGGAGGCCGCGAUGUAUGUUUGGCGUCGAAAAGCAAGCAUCAACCACUCAAAAUCCUCAUGGGAUAUGGUGAAGGAUCUCAUGGGUGAUAAUGAUAAAAAUGUGAUGCUAGCAAGUAGAGCAGAGAGUCUUCUGCUCUGUUUGAAACAGAGGUUCCCUGGAUUGUCUCAGACAACAUUGGAUACAAGCAAAAUCCAGUACAACAAGGAUGUUGGGCAAGCAAUCCUAGAAAGUUACUCGCGGGUGCUUGAGAGUAUGGCAUACAACAUUGUUUCAUGGAUUGAUGAUGUUCUUUUGGCUGAUGGAUCUUUUAAAAAAAGAUGAUUACGAUAUCAAUGCAGAAUCAACACUAGGCUCAUACUUAGUUCUUGCAACCAAGUUCGGCGAAGUCGGCAUAGGAUGAACUAACACAAGGAAAUGCAGUAAAUUUUUGUUGACCUAGAAUACGCUGUAAUCUGCAUCAGUAAAGUAACAACAUUAGUUUUCUGGCUAACUAUAUUGUAAACAAAAC